AGUUCUUGAAUAAAGAGGUGGAUACUUGAUUGAUGUCGCAGUUCUUAGUCAUCAUGUAGCAACAAAAUGUCGAUACAAGCAGCUCUCCCACGACCCCCGCCAAGGGUCACGUCGGCGGCAGCGUGAAAGCCGUGGGAAAAGACCAGGAGGACAGCACUAGAGCAAUUGGACAUACUGAAACUACCGAAGCGGAAUAUGAUGGCGGAACUCCAAAACCUAUAGCUUCUUCUACACUCGAGCCUCCAGUUCACCGUGUCACCCCUGGCCCAUUAGCUUCCUCCAUUUUAUGCUCCUCGUGCACAUCCGUUCUGGUUGGACACAGGGAGGAAGGACGAAAAUGGCGCGACGACGACAAAAGCACACCAGAGGUCGAAAAGUCCGAUAUCUGAAAUUUUGGCAAGAGGCGACAGUGCUUAGUGUCUGUCACAGACAGGCAGACUCUACAGCGCUUGGAUUUUGCUAGUGUCCUAACCAAGUAAGAAACACGUGGCGAGUUUGCUUGUUGAGCAAGGCCAGUGAAUAAUAUCAGCACCAAGAAACACUAGAUUUUCGUCCACCUCGCCACGGUGACAGGGACAGCGUGCCGCGUCCUUCUUCGUCGCCAGGUCUCUCUUGGCAGAUCCAGGUUCGAGAUGAAGAAUAUCUGAACCUCCAGCUUGCUGAACGUCUUACAUACUACUAGAAGAACCGUUUUUUAUUGUGGAAGAUGCAACCUGGAAGACCAGAAGCGGAAACUGGGUUGGAUGGAAGAGGUUGGCAAGCACAGGGAAGGGGUGUGGACGAGCUGCGAAUGCAGUUGCAGAUGCUAAUGAUGAACCAGUGCAGGAUGAUGAACAAGUCCACGAUAACGCAGAUCAGGAACAAAUGCAGGAUGGCGAAGGCCCACCUGUCGAUCCCCAACAGAAUGACUUCUUUGUGCGCAUAUCUCUUGAUGGUGUCUUUCUAAGAGAAAACAAGUACGCUGUUAUUUUUUUUUUUCCGCAGCAUGCAAGGAAUCAAUGGGAAUCAUAAUUCAACAAUUGGAGUACCUUGAGUACUCGUAGUCACUAGUUAGUAUCUUGUUCUUCUGCCUCUUCUGCUUCUAACAAGAUGCGUAAUAAGUACUUACUAACGACCACUAUCUGUCCUGAUGCAUCCAUACUCUAAUCUCCAUGGGGCUAUUUUCAGGUGGUUCCUGGGGUUGCUUUCGCUGUCCUGAUUGACCCUGAGGAGUACUUAGUUCGCGACCCUCUGCCCGUCUAUCUGACAUUGUCGUUGUCUUUCGUGGUCACAUGAAUCCAGCUGCGGUCUUGCUCUUCAGACACCUGAUAAGAACGCUGAAUAAUGUCUUCUCGCCAUAAUUUCAGGUGAAGAUGAAGUAAGUAGAUCAGAUCUCCCCAUAGGAAGUUCAAGUUGGAGAUGAACAAGUAGGUCAGAUCUCUCCAUGGGAAGUUCAAGUUGGAGAUGAAGUAGAUCAGAUCUCCCCAUGGGAAGUUCAAGUUGGAGAUGAAACGAUGAUGAAGUACCUUUCAGUACAUCUUCGACAAGUUAAGUUUGAGAAUAGUUGAUGGGUUUGGGAGAGAACGAUGAGCAUCGAAUAGGAGACAGACAAACAAGAGAAGCGAG